GUGACCCUGCGGCGCACGUGGGCCAUGAUGAGCCGCUGGCACCGCCUCAAGCUCGUGGCGCUGCUGCUGCUGCAGGCGCUGUGGCUGCCGUCCAAGGCCGAGCUCGACCAGCUGGUGGAGGAGCUCAAGUCGUCGGACCUGCUGGCGCUGGCGGUGGCGGAGAUGGGGCACGCCUUCCCCUCGCUGCUGCACACCCUCAUCCACGAGCGCGACAUGUACAUGGCGUGCAUGCUGCGGCACGUGGCGAGGCGGAGUGCGCGAGUGGUGGCGGUGGUGGGGAAGGGGCACCUGGAGGGCAUUCAGGCCAACUGGCCGCGCACCGAUAUCGAUGUGGCAGCACUGCUGCGCAUGCCGCCACCGCCCAAGCCAUGGUUCUCCCCCGUGGCAUGGCGCUGCGUGGUGGCGGGCGUGGCUGUGGGCGGAGUGGGUGUGGCUGCCCUCGCAGUCACCUUGUGGAGGCGCCGCUGACCGCUGCUCCUACCACUGCUCCUACCACUGCUGCCCAGUGCGGGCCAUGUUAGUAGUGCUCUCGGCAACGGUCGUCGCAUGCAGGCCACGUUGAAAGUGAAAGAGAGAAACACGCGUGUCCAACUCUGUUGGAGACCAGUAGAACUCCAUCCAUCUGCAACGAAAUCUGCUGGGGAAUUCUUCCUACCACCUAUGCUUCACAAUCAGGCCCCCAAAUUGGUUUUGGGCCUGUCUGAUUCGUCAGAGUCCACUGCCUUCCCUUGGUAUGGGUGUCAGAGUUACCUCCUUGAAAAAGUCUGAAAAAUCAGAGUAGCCUUCGAUUUUUUGUCUGAUCAAUCAGAGUCAUAGCCAAACUUUUGUAUGAGCUUUUUUUAUGGUUCUUCAUUAGAGAACGCACUAUAUUUCACUACAUACA